CCAAUAAAUCCUAAUUCCUUCUACUACUUAUACUCCUCUUCCACCUCUUCUCAACAAAAACCAAACCGCUGCGUUUCUACAAACGCCAACCACCAUGGCUAGACCACAGCAGCGAUUCAGAGGCGUCCGACAACGACAUUGGGGAUCAUGGGUCUCCGAAAUUCGCCACCCACUUCUCAAAACAAGAAUCUGGUUAGGAACAUUCGAGACGGCAGAGGAUGCAGCCAAGGCCUACGAUGAAGCCGCCCUUCUAAUGUGUGGUCCACGAGCCCGAACCAAUUUCCCAUACAAUCCGGCGGCGGCGCAGUCGCCGGCGUCCAAGUUACUAACCGCUACCUUAACGGCGAAAUUACACAAAUGUUACAUGGCUUCACUUCAAUCUGCAAAUAAUAACACCAACAAGUUUUCUCCGGCGCCGGUGCCGGCGCCGACAUCAGGGCAAGCUCAAAUUCUUCCAAUGUGGGUGCCGGAGAAGAUGACCGGAGUUGAAACCAGUGAUCGGAAAGAAGAGGAAUUGAAGAUGCUUGAAGAUGAUCAUGUUGAACAAAUGAUUGAAGAACUUCUUUAUUAUGGUUCUAUUGAACUCCAUUCGACCACCACCAUGUAAUAUGGUGGUUGUGUUUGUAAUGUAAUUCCUAAAUUACCCUUCUAAAAAUAAUCUUUUAACCCAAUUUUUCAAAAAAAAAAUGUUUUUAGUAGGGAUAUUAUUGUAAUUUUGUACUGAAAUCCUCUGUAAUUAAUUGAUCCUAGAAUUCUUGGAUUCUAAGUGAUGACCCCAUUUGAGGAUUUAAUUAGUUGCUAGCAUAUGUACA